GUAACCAACGCUGGGUAACCUAAAAGAAGAAGAUACUCACGUUGGCUAAUGGCUAGUCAGUGGGCUGAUGUAUAAUUUUUAGCUAAAGACAUUAUUUUAAUAACUGGCAUACUUCAGACCAAAUAGUAUUUAUGUUUGCGAGCCCUUACUGUUAUAAAGUGUGCCGUUUUCGAACAAGAAGAGAAAUAACACAUCAAGUCUGGCCACAUUCCAUUCCUUGUAAAGGGAUACACCAUAAAGAGAUAUCAGUAGGGGUAGGUGACAUCCUCCCUUGCCUUGUAACAUAUGAGCUGGACUGGGGAGAGGCUGUGGCGGCCUCCCCAGUAGCCGGCACCACGGCGGGGGACCUGCGGACUUCGGUCUGCAGGGUGGUCAUCUACCUCCGAAAAGAUAUGUCCGGUGCCAGCGCUCUACACGCGCCGCAGUCUCUGGAUGACCCUCCUCUAGCCUGCCCCAAGACCAAGACCUGCACCAGCCGCACUGCGGUGGGCCCUGGGAAGUAUGUCAGACUAAAUGUGGGAGGAACCCUGUUUUACACUACACUGGAGGUGCUGACCAGACAGGACUCCAUGCUGAAAGCCAUGUUCAGUGGAAAGCAGGAAGUGUUUACCGAUAGAGAAGGCUGGAUCCUGAUUGACCGCAGUGGGAAGCACUUUGGCAGCAUCCUGGGCUACCUGCGGGAGGGCGCGGUUACUCUGCCCAAAGGCCACCAAGCUGUCCUGGAGUUGUUAGCGGAGGCCAAGUUCUACCUCCUACAGGGCCUGGAGGAGCUGUGCCAAAGCAGUCUGCAGGAAAACGAAGAGCAGGCACAGUGUGUCAUACCUGUAAUCACUUCUAUGAAGGAGGAAGAGAGGCUCAUAGAGGCAUGUACCAAGCCUGUGGUUAAGUUGGUGUACAACAGAAGCAAUAACAAGUACUCGUAUACCAGCACCUCGGACGACAACAUGCUGAAGAACAUCGAGCUGUUCGACAGACUGUCCAUGCGCUACAACGGUCGCAUCCUCUUCAUCAAGGACGUUAUCGGAGACGAGAUCUGCUGCUGGUCCUUUUACGGCCAGAGCCGCAAGCUGGCCGAGGUGUGCUGCACCUCCAUCCUCUACGCCACGGAGAAGAAGCAGACCAAGGUGGAGUUCCCGGAUGCGCGGAUUUACGAGGAGACCCUGAACACCCUCCUGUACGAGACCGCCCCCGCCCCCGACCACACCCUCCUGGAGGCCACCCGCCGAUGCCACGCCCCCUGCGGCUCCCAGAGCGAGGAGGACGACGCGCCGGGGAUGGAGCUUCGCGAGCGAGUCCGGCGUACCCACGUCAAGCGGUACAGCACCUAUGACGACCGGCCGCUAGGACACUGAAGCCGUCACUGUGGCGCGCACACACACACACACACACACACACACACACACACACACACACACACACACACACACACACACACACACACACACACACACACACACACACACUUGCCUUUCUUCCAGUUGCAAAAAUCAGGUCCUGCACCACUGUGUGCAAUAGUACAAAAUAAUAACAAUUUAACAAAGCUAAAAUCAAACCUUUUUACAAAAUAUAUUGAGGCCGCAUGGCAUUGUCGACAUUAUUAUAACCCCAAUGUAUUUAUUUAAUUUGGAGGUUUCAAAAUUGCUGCUUCCAAUUGCUUAAACCUUGUGAGUCUAGGGUUAUGAUCUGAUGCUAAUAUGCACUUUGGUGUCAAAAAAUGCGGAGGUUUGCAAUCAUGUUCUAGUGCAACCGAUUCUAGUGCGUGGCAAGAUUUGUGAAUGAAUAAAGAGUUUCAUAUGAAUUAA